AUGAGUGUUGUUGCAAGUGAUAUACCAUUGAAUGCUUCGGAGGAUAAGAUCCGUGAAUUUUUCAGUUUUUGUGGUAAAAUCAAGGACAUUGAAACUCUUGACAAGGGCGACAAGAGCAAGAGUAUCAAAGUGACGUUUGAGAAGAGCUCAGCUGUCUCGACGGCGUUGCUAUUGAAUGGGGCCGAGUUUGAGGGAUCUGCCAUUGAGGUCAGUGAGGGCGAGAGGAGCGGCGACGAGCCGGAGGAGGACAGCUCUGACAAGGCUGGUGGGGAUAUCGACCAGGAGAGUAAGCCAAAGAGUGCCAUUAUUGCGGAAUUGUUAGCCAAUGGAUAUGUGUUGCAGUCGUCGCUAGUCGAUAAGGCUGUUGAGUUUGAUAAGAAGCAGGGGAUCAGUGAAAAGUUCAAGUCAUUUAUCAAGGGGUUGGAUGAAAAGUACCAUUUGCAAGAUAAGAACAAGCAGCUAACUGAACAAACGAACUCACUCUACGAGAAUUCUGGAAUUGGCGGGUAUUGGGAGAAUGGGCUGAGAAGUCUCAACACGUACCUGGACAAGAUGAAGGGCGAUAAGUACGGUAGCCAGGUGCACGAUUUCUAUACCAAGGUUGCGAACGAUGCCAAGGCGGUCAAUGAGGAAGCAAAGAGACUUGCUGAGUUGAAGCAAGAGGAAGCUAAGAGAAAGGAGGGAGGAGUAGUUCCUGUUAUCAAUACCAUUACUCCCAAUUCUAGCACUGCGGAUGCUGCAGGUGCCGUUGCUCUUGAAAAGUAG